AUGGGAGAAAACAAUAAAGUAGACGUUGCUCCAGAAGAUAUAAACUAUCAUGAUGUCAGAGAAGAUAUAAACUAUCAUGACGUCAGAGAAGAUAUAAACUAUCAUGACGUCAGAGAAGAUAUAAACUAUCAUGAUGUCAGAGAAGAUAUAAACUAUCCUGAUGUCAGAGAAGAUAUAAAUUAUCAUGAUGUCAGAGAAGAUAUAAACUAUCAUGAUGUCAGAGAAGAUAUAAACUAUCAUGAUGUCAGAGAAGAUAUAAACUAUCCUGAUGUCAGAGAAGAUAUAAAUUAUCAUGAUGUCAGAGAAGAUAUAAACUAUCAUGACGUCAGAGAAGAUAUAAACUAUCAUGACGUCAGAGAAGAUAUAAACUAUCAUGAUGUCAGAGAAGAUAUAAACUAUCAUGAUGUCAGAGAAGAUAUAAACUAUCAUGAUGUCAGAGAAGAUAUAAACUAUCAUGAUGUCAGAGAAGAUAUAAAAUAUCAUGAUGUCAGAGAAGAUAUCAACUAUCAUGAUGUCAGAGAAGAUAUAAACUAUCAUGAUGUCAGAGAAGAUAUAAACUAUCAUGAUGUCAGACAAGAUAUAAACUAUCAUGAUGUCAGAGAAGAUAUAAACUAUCCUGAUGUCAGAGAAGAUAUAAACUAUCCUGAUGUCAGAGAAGAUAUAAACUAUCAUGAUGUCAGAGAAGAUAUAAAUUAUCAUGAUGUCAGAGAAGAUAUAAACUAUCAUGAUGUCAGAGAAGAUAUAAACUAUCAUGAUAGCCGAUGUCAGAAUCUAUCGAAAAUCAUCAUGAAAUCACUAAAGACAUGA